AGGAUACACCCAUUUUGGCUCAAGGCGAUUUGGCUCAGCCCGCUGCAGCCUGCACAAGCAGCGGCCUCCUAGCCUCAGUCCGCGCGAAACCCUAUCCCGAUGGCCUGCCUGGUGCUCGCGGCCGCCGCCCUCUUGUCAGCCGCCCCCGCCGCCGCGGGUCAGGGGUGCGGAAUCCUUUUCUCCUACACCGGAGCCAGCGCCACAUGCGAGAUCGUAUGCCAUAAGCCGGUGCCCACGGCAUGCGAAGGUGUGGACUCGUGCUGCCAAUGGUUCUCGGAGAGGGUGCAGUCUCUGGCGGAUGCCCGAACUGGGAAGGAGGGUCAGCUCGUCGAGUCCGACUCCAAUGACCCAGAAAAAGCGAAGGACCUGCUUUGUGAGCAGGUGCUCGGCGAGCUGUACGAGAAGUGCCCGGCCUGCAAUGGCGGCGAAGAGCAGUGCGCCCUCAAGGAUGAUUCGGAUAACCUCGACAGGCUCUACUCUGUGAUGGACGGCCUGCCGUUGGCAGGGCAACGGUCUCUCGCAAGCGUUGCGGCGAUCGGCCUGGCAGCGAUCGGGGGAGCAGCGCUGCUCGCAGCUGCCGCAGUGGCCUUCGUGCGCUAUGGCGCUUUCUCCGUGCAUGGGGGCAUCUCUGCGAGCGAGGCCGCGGGGGAGGGCCAGGGCGCCCCGAUCAUGGUGUCUGAGUGACCGAGCGCCGGGAGAUUCUGGGCAUGGGGCCUGUGCAAGGCGGGGCCUCAAAGCAAGCGCUCCGUAACUACUUAGAGAGUGUAGCGCCUCAAGGCAUGUUCUCCGCGCUGAAUUUUGGGAGCGCGACGUGGUCCCCACUUUUUUGCCCGCGUAGAUUAGCGGGACUUCUCCUCCUCCUUUUUUCCUUCCCUGGCUCUCCUCCUCUUCCUCCUCCUCCUCCUCCUCCUC